AGAACAAAACCCUCUUCCGCAAGAAACCUUGCUCAAGGCGCGUUAACCGAUAGCACGACCGAACCCACAGCCACAUGUAAAUCAGAUGCAGCUUGGAGUAAAGAGACCAACAAGACGGGAUGGGAUGGAUAAUCACGGAUCCAUCGAACCACCAAUCCAGUAAAGGAUCGGCCUCCAUGAAUUUUGUCACCUCCCCUUUGAUCGCAGAAGCCCUAGCUCUCCGAUCGGCUCUCACCGCAGCUUUGAACCUUGACCUCACCAGGAUCAAGGUGUUCUCCGGCAACUCAAUGCUCAUCGGAGCAAUCAACAACGACGUUCAGAUCAAGGAGAUCUUUGGUAUUGUCAAAGAUAUUCCACAGAUCGCCUCUGUUUCCGUCGAUAUCCCCUUUUCCUUUUUCUCUCGUAAUCUCAAUAGGGAAGCUGAUGAACUGGCAUAAAGAACCCUAAGUGACUCUCUUGUAUCAAGCCCAUUCCUGGGUUAACAUGGACCCGAGGUCUUUAAAUUUUAAUGCAUUAUCCAGUUAAAAAAAAAAUCUUAAAAUCCAUGUGGAACCCUAGUUGUCACCUUGGUCCACAAAGACCCUUUCGUAAGUUAUCCAACAGAGUUAAUUUCUGGUUUUGCUAGUUAAGUACGUUUCUUAUGUAAGAACUUGGCACUUUCGUUUCAUACACUGAAGAUUCUAAAGUCCAUGUGGACCUUAGUUGUCACCUUUGUUAAAUUAUUCAAAUGAGUCAUUGUUAAGUUAUCAAAUAGAGUCAAUCCCUUGUGUUACUAGUUGUGUGUUUUUCUUUAGUCAACACUUUACACUUUUAAGUUAUGUGCACAUGUCACUUGCGUGAUUUUUCUUCUUCGCUCCAAGCUUGCCGCUUAUUUAUCUAGGUUGAGAUUCCAACAGUCUCUUCACUUUGAGAAAUAAUGGCAUCAAAGAUCACCGAUGAAUGUCAAUAUUUCAUCUUAAUCCUCUUAUGUUUCUUCGCAUUCAUCUGUUUUUUUCUCUUCUUCACAAAACCAAAGCAUGGUAUCAAUGUGCCUCCAAGCCCUCCUUCUCUUCCAAUCAUCGGCCAUCUUCACCAUCUCCUCUUUUUCUUACUCGACAAGCCUUCUUUUUUCUUUUUUGAUAUUUUACCCCUCGAGUUCUUACAUAUGCUCUCUUCCAAAUAUGGAACUCUCCUGCUUUUCCGAGUUUCUUUCUUCCCCUUCCUCCUUGUCUCUUCAGCCUCUCUAGCCUACGAGAUCUUUACGACCCACGAUGUGAACGUUUCAUCUCGCAACCUUCCUACCAACGAGGGGUCUAUCAUCUUCGAUACGUCUGGAUUCGUUACCGCACCUUAUGGAGGAUACUUUAAGUUCAUGAAGAAACUCAUUGUUACGAAGCUUUUGGGAACCAACACACAAGUCCAGUCUCGAAGCAUCCGUGCAGAUGAGCUAGAACGGUUACGUGGGAACCUACUCGUUAAGGCAAGGAAGAAGGAGAGCGUUGAGAUUAACAAGGAAGCGAGGAAGCUUGUCGGAAACAUCGUUGCCAGGAUGACAAUGGGAAGGAGUUUUACACAGGAGAACGGUGAUAUAGAGAGUAUCCAAAGUUUGGUUGCCAAGGCAAAUGCUUCGAAGAUAAAGAUGGCCUUAUCAGUUUUGAUUUUCGGACAGCUGGAGAAGCUUGGAAUUUCAUGGUUCAAGAAAAGAACAGUUAUAAAAAAAUUCGACAAGCUGGUAGAGAGGUGUCUUGUAGAACACAAAGAGAAACCAAACAGGGAUCAAUGUAUGGAUAUGAUGGACGUGUUGUUGGCAGUUUCUGAAGAUCCAAACGCAGAAUACAAGAUCACUAGAAACAACAUCAAGGCGUUUUUGGUGGAGCUUUUUUUUGGAGGCAUUGAUACCUCGGUGAACUCAAUACAGUGGACAAUGGCCGAGAUCAUUAACAACCCUAUUAUUGCUGAGAGAUUGAGAGUAGAAAUUGAUUCCGUUGUAGGGAAAUCAAGGUUAAUUCAAGAAACGGAUCUGCCAAACCUCCCUUACUUGCAAGCUGUCGUCAAGGAAGCCCUAAGAUUGCACCCACCAGUGCCUAUCAUACCAAGGGAAUUCAAUCAAGGAUGUACGGUAGGAGGAUUCUUCGUACCCGGGAAGACAAGACUUCUGGUUAACAUUUUUGCUGUGAUGAGAGAUCCAAAUGUCUGGGAAGACCCUCUUGAGUUCAAGCCAGAGAGGUUUCUAACCUCUUUAAGUCCAGGGCAAGAAGAUGAGAGAAACAAGCAAACAUUGAAGUACCUUCCUUUUGGUGGCGGAAGGAGAGGAUGUCCUCUAUCAAAUCUAGGUUAUAUGAUUGUUGGAACAACAAUAGGAAUGAUGGUGCAGUGCUUUGACUGGAGAAUCAAAGGAGAGAAGGUCAACAUGGAUGGAUGCUUUAAAGAAUUCACCGAAGCCAUGGCUUAUCCUCUUACGUUCACUCCUGUUACUCGAAUAUCCACCCUUGACUCGGAAACAUUGCAUACAUAAACAGUGAUAUAUAGUAGAUCUUUAAAAAGUAAGAAAGAGAACUCGCUCUCUAUUGAUUGUUCCAUCUUCUCCACGUACCAUCAGACAUAUAAGCUCUCCCGUUUUAGUAUUGUUUGCUCGUAAUUCCUUUUUUAGUGUCUAAAUCUAUUGAACGUAGUGACAUACGUCGAGUGUUGGUAUCUGGGAAAAGUGUCUAUUUCAACAUGAAAUUUACUCAUCGUGCUUAUUCCUACCCGAAUUUUG